ACAUUCAACAUCCGAUUACAUCAAAUAUUUGUUUAACCGUUCACACAUAGUAAGCAAAUGAAAGAAUUUGUUGAGCAAAGCAAAAGGCUCAACACAUUUAUCGAAUUCAAGCAAAAUGCAACCAUUCAGUCCUCCAUACCAGAGAACGUAUAUACGUAUAUGAUAUACGUUCUCUGUCCAUACUCAAAGGCAAAAUUGAAGCAACAGACGGAAAAUGUAAGUGAACGAGUGUGGAACAAAAUAAAAUGAUGUGAACAAAACGGCGGCAAAUAGUGCAACAAUUAAAAUUCCUAAUUUUUUUAUUUAUGUUGUGUUAAAGUCGUCAUUUAGUGAUUAUUACGGGUAGUGCCACAGAGCGACUUGAAGAAUGUGAGUUAGCUAAUUACUAAUGGAUUCGUACGAACUACGAAUGAAUAUAAUUAAGAAAGAAAUUCAAGAAGAUCGAAUAAUAUACACUGUGCUGUGUAAGCUUUUUGCGCUGUUGGAACAAUGUCAUGUCGAUAAGGCGUGGUGGUGAGGAGCUGAUGAGCUAUAGCCAACUACCAAAUAAAUAAAAAAAAUUUAAUUCAUAUGAAAUCGAAAGAGAGGCGUUAAAAAUUGCACAACGUACCGCUUGCUAAUUCGCAUUGUGGUUAAUCGAGUAUAUAAUGUAUGUUUAAGUGGUUUAAACGAAUUUGUUUCACCCAAAUUCCUGUGAAUUAAAUAAAAUAUAUGUUGAAAAUUGGAAUACAUUGAUGAUUUGUACAGUGCGUAUCAAUACUUAAAAUUUAUAUUUAAAAUUAUACGCUUUGAAGAUAUUUCUCUAUGUAAAUACUACAAUAGCUCUCACUUCAGUCAAGUAAAUUAUAACUCAUUCAAAUAUGAACUCGUUAAAUUGGAAUUUAAUUUGAUAUUCAUAAUUGCAAGUUUAUAGUCAAUUUCAAGAAAGCGGCUGAUGUUGAUAGUGAUAGUAAAAGUUGCUGCAAUAGUGAAGUGUAUAGCAAAACAGGAAAGAUAGAACAACAACAAAGUGUCUCAAUAAGGUGUCAAUUCAAAGUGAAAACAAAACAAGAUGACGUCGACUGCAGCGACAACGCCAGUGUGGAAAGAGGCGAAUAGUAAACAUGCUUUCGGGAUUGCAAAAUGCAAUUUCGAUCAGGAAGAUAAGCCGCACCGUUUGAGUCUGGAUGUGGGCGAUUCGGUUGUGAUACUGAAGGACACAACACAUUGGUAUUAUGGUUACAAGCAGAGGCAUAAAGAACAACGCGGCAUAUUUCCGAAAAGCUACAUACAUCUGUGCGAUUACACAAUCGUCAAUGGCGAGUACUGCAUCAAACGUACAGAGAUCGUUGAGGAAAUCACCAAAGUUCUUUUGGAAUGGGGCUCCAUAUUGAAACAGUAUUUUUUGAUCACACAUCGCGACUUUAAUUCUAUACGCGCAAAAAUGAUCGAGUUGAAUAAUAAUCGCGCACUGCUUAUAUCGGGCAAUUUGCCUUUGGACGAGAUGCGUAAAGUGAAGCUGAUGGCCACAUCGCAAAUCGACACAGGAAACAGUCUGCUGGGCUUAGAUAUGGUGGUGCGUGAUGAGAACGGCGACAUAUUGGAUACAAAUGCGAUAUGCACAACGGAAUUGUACGAGCAUCAUAUGAAUGCGCAGGACCGCAUUUUCAAAGCGAACCGUCCGCAAACAAUUCAACGUUCAUCACGCCCACUCAACAAAUACUCGCACAACAUAUUGCUGCAUGUGAACGCCUUUGUGUGUAAGUUCCAAGAGGAUUCCGAUCUGCUCUUCACACUAUUCGAUGGCGAAUCACACAAGCCGAUAAGCGAGAAUUAUGUCGUCAAAUGGUCGCGCACCGGCAUUGCACGAGAUAUCGAUCAAUUCGAUAAUAAUCGUGUACUCUUCACCGAUCUCAGCAAAACCGAUCUGAGUAUACCGAAAAUGUAUCUUGUAUGUUAUGCGAUACGUAUUGGUGCCAUGGAAAUGAAGGAGCAUGACUCGAAACGCGCCAGUAUAACCACGGCCAUGUUAACGCCAUCAAGCAAGAAACACUCACAACUCUCGAUCAGUUCGAGUGGUUCGUUCAAUAGCACCGAGUAUAUCAUGCGACGACCAUUUGGUGUCGCCUGUAAAGAUCUCACACCCAUAUUGCAUAAGCCCGAUGAUUUCCGUGGUAAUUUGGACUUACCAUUUAUGUUGUGCGAAAAGGACACGCUAGAUGGCACGCUGCGCAAAUUGAUUGCUAAUAAAGAUAUCGGCAAGAUUGAUUCUAAAAUGGCUGUCACCAUUGAGGUAUUGCAGGGCGAUAUUAAACAGAUCAAAGAGGAUUUCCCACGCUUGCUACACACAAAUGUGCCGUUAGCGCGUAAAAUGGGCUUCCCUGAGGUGAUAUUGCCAGGCGAUGUGCGUAAUGAUCUGUAUUUGACACUUUGCGGUGGAGAAUUCGCGCGCAUUGCUAAGACAUCGGAGAAGAAUGUCGAGGUGACUGUGUACGUGUGCAAUGAACAGGGACAAGUGGUGCCCGGUGUGAUGAGCAUUGGCCCGGGACAUCCACCCAUUGACGAAUACAAAUCGGUGGUGUAUUAUCAUGACGAUAAGCCCAAGUGGUUGGAGACCUUCAAGAUACAUGUGCCGAUAGACGAAUUCAAGCAGUGCCAUUUGAAAUUUAUUUUCAAACAUCGCAGCUCCAACGAACAAAAGGACAAAUCGGAGAAACCCUUCGGCUUGUCAUAUGUGAAGCUGAUGCAGGACAAUGGCACGACAAUACUGCAAGGGCAACACAUCCUGGCAGUGUACAAGAUGGACCACAAGAAGUAUGACAAAAAGAAUGCAAAUGUUUACAUGGAAUUGCCAUCGACGGUUGGUGAAUUGCAGGGCACCAAGCCAUCGCUGGGCGGUUUGUCGCUGUUUCCCAAGGAUCAGUUCACAAUUUGCGUUAAUUUAUGCAGCACAAAACUAACACAAAGCGUGAGCCUCUUGGGUUUGCUGAACUGGUCUGCGCAUAAGGAAACACUGGAAGAGUCUUUGAAUGCGCUUUCGAAUGUGCCCGGCGAAGAAGUAGUGAAAUUUUUGCAGGACAUACUUGACGCUUUAUUCAAUAUUUUGGUUGAAAAUGACGAUCCCGAACGCUACGAUCAGUUGGUAUUCAUGAGCAUUAUACACUUAAUCGAAACCGUAUCCGAUCUAAAAUAUCAGCAUUUCCUAACCGUAUUGGACGUGUACAUAAAUGAAAGCUUUUCAGCGACGCUGGCUUAUAGUAAACUAAUUAAUGUGCUGCAGAAGAACAUCAGAGAAGCCAUCGAACCAAAGGAAAAGUCAGCCGACGGCAUUGAGAUCGAAGAGCGCGUGGAGGUGAAGCGUCUGUAUAAAACCACCAGAUAUCUGCAUUAUGUGAUUAAGUUUGUUAUACGCUCGCGUGUACUUUUUGCGGCCAUCAAUGGCAAUUCGGAUUACGAUGAUUUUGCCAAUAAGCUACAUGAACUGCUGGAGAUGUUUAUCAAAAUGAUUGCCUGCCCCACCGAUUUGUUGAAGUCCGAAGGCGCGUUGCUCAAAAAUUUGCACAUCAUUGCCACGGAUUUGAUGGCGGUGUUCGAUGAAGUGCGUCUAAGUAAUGUGAUUGUCAAUAUCUUGCGUCAAUUCCCACCACGCCGCUUGACACAAUCCAAAAUGGGUUGCAUUAAGGACUUUGUCGAUUCCAGACUGUUUCUCUCGCCCGAUUGCCGCGCGGUUUUACUGCCCGUCUUUUGCAAUCACAUCAAAGAUCGACUCGAGAGCAAGGAAGAGGGUGACUCGAAAUCUGAUAUAUGGCAACAAGAAAAGAAUCUCUCGAAAGCAGCUAAAGUCCUCGGACAGUUAAAAUCACAUCUGCACACGCGUGAAACAACUGCCAAACAAAAGGUGAACGAAUGUAUCGUGAUCAUGAACAAUAUACUGCGCCUGUUGUAUCGCAAGGACAUCGGCAAGACGCACAACGACGUGCGCGACAUAAUGCUCAUCCUGCUGCGCACCAUAAUCAAAACCUCGCACGCACUCGAUCGUGAAAAUCAAUUGGUUGGCAAUUUGGUGGCCAUUAUGUUGGGCAUACUGCAGCGCAUGGAUGCGGCCCAUUACGAAAUCUUCGUACGACAUUUGAAUAAUCGUUUCGAGCUGCAGGACUUUAUUAUUGAAAUAUUGCUCGUUUUCGAGGAGCUCGUGUCGCCACAUCAGAAGCCAGUAUUUUCACGUGAUUGGAUGGAUAUGAUAAUGCAUCAGAAUACUGUUAUAUUGCGUUCAUUACAACACAUUUCGGUUGUGAUUAUCGAUCACUUCUUCGAUCCAUUCGAGAAGCAAGUCUGGUCGAAUUUCUUCCAAUGCUCCAUAGCAUUCCUCAUACAAUCACCGUUACAAUUGAAUGAUUUCAACGAUAAUAAACGACAAAUCAUAUUCGCACGUUAUCGUGAUAUACGCAAGGACACAGCGCAUGAGAUACGUAAGAUGUGGUUCCAAUUAGGCGAACACAAACCGAAAUUCGUGCCACAACUAGUGGAGCCGAUACUCGAAAUGAGUAUGAUACCUGAAGUGGAGUUGCGUAAGGCCACCAUACCGAUAUUUUUCGAUAUGAUGCAGUGCGAGUAUUACAGCUCAAAAAUGCUGCCAAACAGCUACGGCGAUACGAAACGCAAUAAUGCGCAUCACAAAGCGAACUUUAACGAAUUCGAAACGGAAAUGAUUGAGAAGCUCGACAUACUAAUUGGGGCGGGCAAAGGCGACGCCGAGUACAAAGAACUUUUCCACAGCAUACUGCUGGAGAAGUGUCAGGCGCACAACACGCUUAACAUAGAUGGCACUAAGUUCGUGAACAUGGUGACAAAACUCAUGGAACGUCUGCUUGAGUAUCGCUGCAUUAUACAGGAUGAGAGCAAAGAGAAUCGCAUGGCUUGCACUUUUUCGCUCUUACAAUUUUAUUCGCAAGUAAAUCGCAAAGAGAUGUACAUACGUUAUGUCUACAAAUUGUGCGAUCUACAUAUGGAGUUCAACAACUGCACCGAGGCGGCCUUCACGCUCAAACUACACACUGAAUUGCUGCAGUGGAACGAUACUGAAUUGUCACCACUCUUGCGCUCACACCGUCAUAUGGCAUGUCGCACACAUCGCGAGCUCAAAGAGGCGCUCUACUAUGAAAUCAUCGACUACUUUGAUCGUGGUCUGAUGUUCGAGUGCGCCAUCGAUAUGUGUAAAGUGCUGGCGCAGGAGUAUGAGAAUGAGAUUUACGACUAUUUGAAGUUAGCCAAACUCUUGGUGAAGAUGUCACAGUUCUUUGAGAAAAUAUUGAAAGAAUUUCGCCACACUUCAGAGUAUUUCCGUGUUUGCUUCUAUGGUUUGGGCUUUCCACGUUUUCUACAAAAUAAAGCCUUCAUCUUCCGCGGCGAGAACUAUGAGCGUUUGAGCGAUUUCUGCUCACGCAUUUUAGCGCAACAUCCACAAGCCGAACUCAUGCAGACGCUGGAGUUGCCCGGUGAGGAUAUAACGCAGGCCGACGGGCAAUUCAUACAGGUGAAUAAGGUGGAGCCGGUAAUGAAUGAGAAUUGCACCAAAUUCGAGGGCAAAAUGGUGUCGAGCGAAAUCGUAAAGUAUUUCACAUCGAAUAAUGUGCAAAAGUUCCAGUUUUCAAGACGCUGCGAAAACAUUGGCGGCGGUCCGGACGAUGUGUGCAAUCUAUGGCUGGAAAGGAUUGUAAUGACGACAAGCUUUCCACUGCCGGGCAUACUGCGUUGGUUCCCCGUAAUGGAAACAAAGAAAUUCAAAAUUUCACCAAUUGCUUUGGCCAUUGAAACAAUGAAAAAAAAGAAUAAGGAAAUACGUGACCUGAUCAUCGAACAUCGAAAUGAUGAAACAUUGGAUAUAAAAACGUUGAGCAUGAAAAUCACCGGCAUUGUCGAUCCAGCCGUGAUGGGCGGUUUCAGCAAUUAUGAGAACGCUUUCUUGACAGACGAUUAUUUGGAGGAUCAUCUAGAUGAUAGGCAUUUGGUUGAAGAAUUGAAAGAUCUCAUCGCAUCACAAAUACCGCUGCUUGAGAUUGCCAUUACACUGCAUAAACACCGCGCACCGGACAGUCUGAAACUCUUCCAAGAGCACAUGGAGCAAUGUUUCGCCGAUAUGCAGGCGAAUGUGGAGAGUAAAUAUGGCAAGAAAACAUGUGACUUAAAGUUGGAUCGCGAGUCAGUGAUUAUGCGUCGCAAUGGUUCCUUUAUGCCGGGCAUGUUCGAGGGCAACAAUCGCUUGUCGGAGACGAGCAUGGGCUCUUCAGAUAGCGGCUUGUCGAAAUCUACUUCCUCGACACGACCACAAACCAGUUCGAUAAAAUCAACAUUCGCGUUUAAUUUCACUCAAAGACCUAGCCUAGGCCAUUCGCCCAGUACAAAAAGCAAGUGUAAAGAGAAAACGCCCUCAAAACGGCGCUCAAUGAAAAAGUUGGAUCGUGAAACGCUAAGUUUACCAGUAGCCAACAGUAAAUUUUAUACACAGCCGUUAUCAACCAUAACCUCAACGCCCGAACGCGAAUCAAUAACAUCAAUAGCAUCUAUAACAAGCGCAUCAAAUUCUUCAUUGACAGCCAAAUCGCCGGAUCCAAAAGUGUUGACACAAGAGUUAACGACAAAGCGUCCAUUACGCUCUGAGAAAGACAAAGAACGUCGCAUGUCACGUCCUGCCAGUAUAGCCACACCCACAACCGGUAUGAAAGGAUUCUCCAGCACAGAUGUACACUCGCUGUCAGGAGCUGACAGCAGUAAUCGGAAUUCAGUUGAUACAGCAGAUUCCACAUCGGAGGAGGAUCUCAUACCGCCACCACUACCAGCAAAAACACGUGACUCCACCGACUUUAGCAGUUUUACUUACAGCAUGGAUUUCCCCAUACCGCUUAUUAGUCCCUACAUACAAACCACCGUUACAACCACGCAACACACCAGUAUUUCAAAUAGCUCUUACGAAUAUGUGGAGGCCAAAAAUUUCGUGCUUACUGAAAAACGGCCACCCACACCGCCACCAAAACCCUCGCGCAAUAGCAAACACAUUCCAUAAUUUGUGGGUGAUAAGCAAUUAUGUAUGAAGUCCGAACUGCUAAACGAAAAAGGGAAAAUAUGAAAAAAGGAAUAUACAAAGCAGUAAAGUAAUUAACGCAGUGAAAGUGAAGCCAUAAUCAAAAUCGAUAUUUGAGUGCGUGUAAAUGUGUGAUUGCAUGGCGACUGCAGAGCAAAUGUAAAUGGUCAGUUGUCUGGCAUACAUCUGUAGAAAAAGAAAUAAAAAUAAAGUCCAAACUAGAGGAACUGAUGCGUAAACGCAGCAAUACUAAUAAACAAGUGCCAAAAAUAUAAUAUUUACAAAAAACAUAAAUAAUUGGGCGGAGGUGUGCCUUUCGUCUGACCGACAACAAUGUACUAAAUAGCAACGAGAGCAACCGAGCGUGCGCUGGCAAUCAUUUGCCAGACACACUAUUGUUAGUGCGAAACGAAAGCGUUUAGCGUUGAAAGCAGCAAUAUAUUUAUGUAAUUUAAUAUAGUAAACGAUAUUAAGUUUAUAUUGAACUUUGUGAUUCAAUUGCAAAAUCGUUUCGGCUUCAACAAAUUUCUUUAGUUAUAACUACUUGUCUUCCUAACUUAACUAAACGCACACAUAGACAAGUAAGCGAUAUUUACUUUAUAUAUAUAUACUUACGUAUAUAUCUUUAUAUGUACAUAUAUUUAUAUGCAUUUUAUUUAUUCUUUUAAUUAUUUAAUUUAAUAUCAGGCCAAUUAAGCACUUCGCUGCGAACAAAGUGCUCACAACUGAGUUGAUAUUAAUUUCGCCGUGAACUUUUAUUAUUGUAUGUACGUGUAUAUGUACAGUAAUUAUGAUGUGAUUAGUUAUAAUAAGUCGACUACCACGAGCCAAUUAAGGGUUCAAAAAAACACACACACGCACAAAUAUCGAACUGAACUUAUCGCAACAUAAUUUCAGUAUUCGUUGCUAACGAAGUCGAGUUAAAAUAAUGUUAAAUGAAAUUUUUAAAUAGCAAAAAUUUACAAAAAGCCUUUUUUUAAUACGAAAAUAAAACUUACAAAACAAAAAUAUAACAAAAAACGAAAAACAUUUGCACUUUUUAAUAAAAAUAAUAUCUACUUUGUUAUAGCUUAUGACAGAAGUGCCACUGUAUAUCGAAAAUUUUGUUAUUCAAAACAAACAGAGACACUACUUAUACAAGUACAUACAUAUAUACAUAUUUACAUGUGCAACUAUUUUGAAAUUAUACAAAAUCCAAAAACCAAAUUUUAUAACUUGACGAAAUUUAAGAGAAAAGCCCGUAAAUAGCAAAUUGCAUAACUACAAAACUACAUAUAUGUAUUCAAAUAAUGUAGGCCGGCAUUUUAUUUGAAUAUUUUCGUUAUGAUAUAGCAAAAUAUGUACCAAAUAGUUUUUAAGAAGCUGAAAUUUUUUAUUACGUAAGUAUAUUUAUACGUUAUGAACAAAGCGAGUUUUUAACACAUUUAUUGUGUACUUUAUACACACAUAUGAAAUAGCAUAAAAUUUACAAUUUUUAUAAAAAGAAAAACUAACGUUAACGGUAAAUAAGCGAAAGUCAACUUAUUACAAUUGUUUCCGUAGCAUGUGUAAAUUUUUAAUUAAAUUUUUUUGUUUUUACUCUGCUAAGAAAUGCAAUAAGUGUUGCCUUAUCUUACACACAGAGCCACACGAGUAUAUGUGUGUGCAUGUGCAUUUUUAAUUUAAAUAAUUUUUCGCUUUAUAGUAUUUUAAAACUUAUCAUUCACAAUUUACUCAAAAGUAUCGUAUAAGUUACUAUUCAAUUUCGUUUAUUUGUCAAUUUCUGUAAUGACAACUCAAUUAUUACAUACGUACAUAUAAACUUAUAUACCUAAAUGGAAAUUGGCAGGAGCCGCAAUCUUUGUUUAAUGUAAUUAUUAUUUUUUUAAUUAAUAUGUUCACCAAAGAUUUAUUAAGAUUAAAUAAAAUGUCAAUUCACUUACAUGAUAAACAGUAAA